GAACUGGGCGUGUUUUACUCCCAGAGGAGCCUCAUUCUCGGGGUCAGUCCAUUUCAUAAGGAAAUUUCUGGGAAUAGCUCACUGGCAGGAAACUUUAAAUUACGAACAGGGCCAUGGUCACACCUGCAAAAUAUGGAGAUGCAUCAUGGCAGCUAAGUCUGCAAGUGGAUCAAAAAGACGGCAUCGAGUCCAUGAAAUUUAAGAUGAGGGUGGCAGGAGACUUGCACAUUGGUGGCCUCAUGCUUAAGUUGGUGGAGAAAAUCCGGGCUCCUCAGGAUUGGUCAGACCACGCUCUUUGGUGGGAACAGAGGAAAUGCUGGCUGCUCAAGACCCACUGGACCUUGGACAAGUAUGGGAUUCAGGCUGAUGCUGAACUGCGCUACACACCCCAGCACAAACCACUCUUACUGCAGCUUCCCAAUAUGAAAACCAUCAAAAUGACCGUAAGCUUCUCCAGUGUGGUCUUCAAGACGGUGGCAGACAUCUGCAGAAUACUCAACAUCAGAAGACCAGAGGAACUGUCACUGCUGAAGCCUCCAGACGAUCCCUCCAAGAAGAAGAAGAAGAAAGAUAAGGACUCAGAUCAGGAGGACAUUUGGGACAUAGAUUUAUUCAGUGGGGGACCAGGUGGAACAGGCCCCAUGUAUAGUAAGACCAUGACGGCAACCUAUGACCCAGAGAAUGGGAUGCCAAUGUCUGCCACCAGCGUCUGGUUUGGAGAAAACCCUCUUGCAGAAUCUCAGCCAAACUUGCCACCUGCUGAGCUAGCCAAGAUGUAUCAGUCGUUGUCGCUGGUGGACAAAGCAGUCAACAAUGCAGGGUGGUUGGAUUCAUCCCGUUCUCUUAUGGAGCAAGACAUUCAAGAUUACGACAAGCUAUUGCUGCGCUUCAAGUACAAUGUCUUCUUUGACAUCAAUCCUAAAUAUGAUGGUGUCAGGAUAACCCAGCUUUAUGAGCAGGCCCGCUGGUCUAUCCUGCUGGAAGAGCUCGACUGCACUGAAGAGGAAAUGCUCAUGUUUGCUUCUUUACAGUAUCACAUUUGUAAACUGACCAUGUCCAGUGAACCUCAGGACAACUCCAAUGAGCCUGAAAUUGAUGAAGUAGAAGCGGCCCUAUCCAACCUGGAGGUGACACUGGAGGGCGGGCACACAGACAAAAUUCUGGAAGACAUUACAGACGUUCCAGAGCUGGCAGAUACCCUCCGGCUGUUUAGGCCCAAAAGGCUGACACUGCGCGCGUACAAAGAGUACUGGUUUGUAUUUAAGGAUACCACAAUUUGUUACUACAAGAACAAGGAGGCCUCCAGUGGAGAACCAAUAGAGCAGUUUCACCUUCGAGGCUGCGAGGUGGUCCCUGAUGUCAAUGUCACCGACAAGAAGUUCGGCAUCAAGCUUCUGCUCCCAGUGGCCGACGGGAUGAAUGAGGUGUACAUCCGAUGUGACCACGAAACUCAGUACGCUAAAUGGAAAGCCGCAUGUACCCUUGCUUCCAAAGGCAAGACGAUGGCCUACAGCUCCUACAAGACAGAAGUGAGGAACGUCCAGUCUUUUCUGAAAAUGAAGAACCUGGCGCCCCCUCCUGGUCAGGCAGCUCCUGACAUCGAAGCUAUGGAUAUGAAUGCUGAGUGUUUUGUUUCGCCGCGAUACGCCAAGAAACAGAAGACCAAACAGCUGACCGCCCGCAUCCUCGAGGCACAUCAGAAUGUAGAAAAGCUGUCCCUGGUGGAGGCCAAGAUGCGAUUUAUCCAAGCAUGGCAAUCACUCCCAGACUUUGGGAUCAAGUACUACAUUGUCAGAUUCAAAGGCAGCAAGAAGGAUGAAAUUCUGGGGAUUUCAUAUAACCGCCUGAUUCGUAUUGACAUGUCUACCGGGCUGCCUGUCACCACAUGGAGAUUCGCCAACAUGAAGCAGUGGAAUGUCAACUGGGAGAUAAGACAGGUGACCAUAGAAUUUGACCAGAACGUGACAAUAGCCUUCUGCUGCUUGAGCUGUGACUGCAAGGUGGUCCACGAGUUCAUCGGUGGCUACAUCUUCCUCUCCACGCGAUCCAAAGACCAGAAUGAAACACUGGAUGAAGAACUUUUCCAUAAACUUACCGGAGGCCAAGAAUGAGCGAAGAUGUAUUAGUCUGUGCUUUUUUUCUGUUGGGCAUCCAUUGUUUACUUACAUAUAUGUUACAGUACAGCAUUCAUCAGUUUUAGCGGUGGUAUCCAUCAACACUGAGCAAAUGUGAUAAUGAAUUGCAGUGAAAGACAAUGACACAUUUUUACUCAGAGAACAGCAUCAUCAUAUAUUCUUCCAUAAUCAGUUACAGCAGUGUUCCCUGCACUAGAAAAAUAAUGAUGUAAAUAUGCAGUCCAGAUUUGGCUGUCUCUAAAAACUUGGAUGAACCGAUAUUUGUAAGAAGUACACUUUUUUUUCAGCUGAAGAAAUUUACUCGUUUCAACCAGUAAAAAAAUCAU